AUGGUAAACAGAACGUGUCUGUGUGGAGAGAAUUUCUUUCUGCAUGGCCAGCCAAAGUUCCCAAGCAUCGGCAAACGGGCAGUUUGCUUCAUAAGUUUCAAGAAAAUUUAUAGAAGGUUGAAAUCUAUCUAUCUCAGUACAUUCCUAUCUAUCUAUCUAUCUAUCUAUCUAUCUAUCUAUCUAUCUAUCUCAGUACAUUCCUAUCUAUCUAUCUAUCUAUCUGAAAAUUUCUCCGAUUUAACCAUUUUCCUAUUGUCAUUUUUAUUCAUAUCUAUCUAUCUAUCUAUCUAUCUAUCUAUCUAUCUCCUCUUCCUUAUAUUUAAUUUUUUUCAUAUCUAUCAAUCUCCUUUUCAUUAUCUAUCUAUCUAUCUAUCUAUCUAUCUAUCUAUCUAUCUAUCUAGUUCUUUCAUAUUAUUUUUUUUAUUUCCUUCAUAUCUUACUCCAAAACUUUCUUUUGAUGAUGUUCUUUGUUCUUCUUCUGCGGACUUCGUUGAUUUCUUUAUUUCUCUAUAG